AUGAACAGCAAGACACCCAGGCUCGAAGACUUGCCAUCUGAAUUUGCGCCUCAAUCAAUGGAUACAUCGAACUAUGAGGAGUCCUACAUGCCGAACUGGACACGUUACACACCUGCCGCGUCACAGUUUCGCCUCCCGAAUCCUACGGAAUCGCAUUCGGCAGCAGCGUCCGCCAAAUUCUCCCGGUUCAAAAUUCACUUUUCCUUCCAGACGCGCUCGAAGGGCUCUCAUUGCGAGAAACUGGGCGCGCGUCUGCAGGUAUUGACGAAGGAGCGAGAAAUUCGUCGACAGCGGGAGGCGGAGAAAGCGUAUCGACACUUGCAGGAGGUUGCUCGAUGGGCAGCGGAAACACGCAGGGAAGAAGAAGCUCUCCAUGCUCAGCUCGAAAAUAUGGAGCGCGAGGAUAUUCGAGUAGAAGCAUGCCAAGAGGCGUGGCGGGCGUACGAGGCGCGAUGGGCCGCGAUCACGGCGAGGGAAUGCUCAUCCUCGAAGGAGUUGCUUGUUUUUCGGUCUAUCCGCUGGCCGAUGCUCUCACAGCCGCAGAGCAUCGAGGACAUAACCGUCGAGCAAGUGGCUGAAUUUAUACUAUCUCCCUUGCACUCGCAAGGCCAGGCAAGGAGGGAUAGGCUAAAGGCGGCGUUGCUACGGUGGCAUCCGGAUCGCUUUGGGCGGGUCCUCGCCAGGGUAGACGCGCUAGACAGGGACGAUGUUGAAGAAGGAGUUGGUAUCGUCGCUCGGUGUCUAAACCACUUGCUCGCAACAGUCGAUUAG